GGGGCGCGCAGCGGGGAGCUCAGGAAGUGCACUGGCUGCAACAAGCCGUUUCCUGCGCUUUGUGUGUGUGACAGCGAGACGGGCGGCAGCGAGAGGCGGCGGCUCCCGAGCAUCCCUCCCCGCGGCCGCUAAUGUUCCCUAACAUCGUCUGAAAAUCCAGAGCCAUGACCACUCACGUCACACUGGAAGAUGCCUUGUCCAAUGUGGACCUGCUGGAGGAGCUACCGCUGCCAGACCAGCAGCCAUGCAUCGAGCCACCUCCCUCUUCCAUCAUGUACCAGGCUAAUUUCGACACAAACUUUGAAGACAGAAAUGCCUUUGUGACCGGCAUUGCCAGGUACAUCGAACAGGCUACGGUGCACUCGAGCAUGAAUGAAAUGCUGGAAGAAGGACAUGAAUACGCAGUGAUGCUUUACACUUGGAGGAGCUGCUCUCGGGCCAUACCCCAGGUGAAAUGUAACGAACAGCCGAACCGGGUGGAAAUUUAUGAGAAGACCGUGGAAGUUCUGGAGCCGGAGGUCACCAAGCUGAUGAAGUUCAUGUAUUUCCAGCGCAAGGCUAUCGAGCGGUUCUGCAACGAGGUGAAGCGCUUGUGCCAUGCUGAGAGAAGGAAGGAUUUUGUCUCCGAGGCCUAUCUCCUGACGCUGGGGAAGUUCAUUAACAUGUUUGCCGUGCUGGAUGAGCUGAAGAACAUGAAGUGCAGCGUCAAAAAUGACCACUCUGCCUACAAAAGAGCUGCCCAGUUUUUGAGGAAGAUGGCUGACCCUCAGUCUAUUCAGGAAUCCCAGAACCUCUCCAUGUUCCUGGCGAACCACAAUCGGAUCACACAGUGUUUGCAUCAGCAGCUGGAAGUUAUCCCUGGCUAUGAGGAGCUGCUGGCGGAUAUUGUCAACAUCUGUGUGGACUACUAUGAAAACAAGAUGUACCUGACGCCCAGCGAGAAGCACAUGCUCUUAAAGGUGAUGGGCUUUGGUCUCUAUCUGAUGGAUGGGAAUGUCAGCAACAUUUACAAACUGGACACCAAGAAGAGGAUCAAUCUUAGCAAAAUAGACAAGUUCUUCAAGCAGCUGCAGGUGGUUCCCUUAUUCGGCGAUAUGCAGAUAGAACUGGCCAGAUACAUUAAGACCAGUGCUCACUAUGAGGAGAACAAAUCCAAGUGGAUGUGCACUCAGAGCAGCAUCAGUCCCCAGUACAACAUCUGUGAGCAGAUGGUCCAGAUCCGAGACGACCACAUCCGCUUCAUCUCUGAGCUCGCCCGCUACAGCAACAGUGAGGUGGUCACCGGCUCGGGGCUGGACAGCCAGAAGUCAGAUGAGGAAUACAGGGAGCUCUUUGACUUGGCUUUACGGGGACUGCAGCUGCUCUCCAAGUGGAGCGCCCAUGUCAUGGAAGUGUAUUCUUGGAAGCUGGUACAUCCCACCGAUAAGUUCUGUAACAAAGAUUGCCCAGGCACCGCUGAGGAGUAUGAGAGAGCCACCCGGUACAACUACACCAGUGAGGAGAAAUUUGCCUUUGUGGAGGUAAUUGCCAUGAUCAAGGGUCUGCAAGUGCUGAUGGGCCGGAUGGAGAGUGUCUUUAACCAGGCCAUCAGAAACACUAUCUAUGCAGCCCUGCAAGACUUUGCCCAGGUGACCCUCCGAGAGCCAUUGAGACAAGCAGUCAGGAAAAAGAAGAAUGUCCUGAUUAGUGUCCUUCAGGCAAUCCGGAAGACAAUCUGUGACUGGGAGGGAGGUCGGGAGCCCCCUAAUGACCCCUGCCUGAGAGGCGAGAAGGACCCCAAAGGUGGAUUCGAUAUUAAGGUUCCUCGACGAGCAGUGGGUCCAUCAAGCACACAGCUUUACAUGGUGCGGACUAUGCUGGAGUCGCUCAUCGCAGACAAGAGCGGCUCGAAGAAGACUCUAAGGAGCAGCUUGGAUGGGCCAAUAGUCCUGGCCAUUGAGGAGUUUCACAAGCAGUCCUUCUUCUUCACCCACCUUCUCAACAUCAGCGAAGCCCUGCAGCAGUGCUGCGAUCUCUCCCAGCUCUGGUUCCGAGAAUUCUUUCUGGAGCUGACCAUGGGCCGUCGGAUCCAGUUCCCCAUUGAGAUGUCCAUGCCCUGGAUUCUCACGGACCACAUCCUGGAAACCAAGGAACCCUCCAUGAUGGAGUACGUGCUGUAUCCCUUGGACCUGUAUAAUGACAGCGCAUAUUAUGCCUUGACCAAGUUUAAAAAGCAGUUCCUAUACGAUGAAAUUGAAGCUGAAGUGAACUUGUGUUUUGACCAGUUUGUGUACAAGUUGGCAGAUCAGAUCUUUGCCUAUUAUAAAGCAAUGGCUGGCAGUGUCUUACUGGAUAAACGUUUCCGGGCUGAAUGUAAGAAUUAUGGCGUGAUUAUCCCUUACCCGCCAUCCAAUCGCUACGAGACGUUACUCAAACAGAGACACGUCCAGCUGCUGGGUAGAUCAAUUGACCUGAACAGGCUCAUAACUCAGCGUAUUUCAGCUGCGAUGUACAAAUCAUUAGACCAGGCCAUUAGCCGCUUUGAGAGUGAAGACCUGACCUCCAUUGUGGAGCUGGAGUGGCUCUUGGAGAUAAAUCGUUUGACACACCGGCUGCUGUGUAAGCACAUGACUUUGGACAGCUUUGAUGCCAUGUUCCGAGAGGCCAAUCACAACGUCUCUGCGCCUUAUGGGCGUAUCACCCUGCAUGUCUUCUGGGAGCUAAACUUCGACUUUCUACCCAACUACUGCUACAAUGGCUCCACCAACCGGUUUGUACGGACAGCGAUCCCAUUCACCCAGGAACCACAGAGAGACAAGCCAGCCAACGUCCAGCCCUAUUACCUCUAUGGAUCAAAGCCACUGAACAUUGCCUACAGUCACAUCUACAGCUCCUACCGUAACUUCGUGGGGCCUCCUCAUUUCAAGACAAUCUGCCGGCUCCUAGGCUAUCAAGGGAUCGCAGUGGUGAUGGAGGAGCUGCUGAAGAUCGUCAAAAGCCUGUUACAGGGCACCAUUCUGCAGUAUGUGAAAACAUUGAUAGAGGUGAUGCCCAAAAUAUGCCGCUUGCCAAGACAUGAGUAUGGAUCUCCAGGAAUCUUGGAGUUUUUCCAUCACCAGCUGAAGGACAUCAUUGAGUAUGCAGAGCUGAAGACUGAUGUAUUCCAGAGCCUUAGAGAAGUGGGCAAUGCUAUUCUGUUCUGCCUCCUCAUAGAGCAGGCCCUGUCCCAGGAAGAAGUUUGUGAUUUGCUGCAUGCUGCUCCCUUCCAAAAUAUUUUGCCCAGGGUCUACAUCAAAGAAGGAGAACGCUUGGAGGUACGCAUGAAGCGUCUCGAAGCCAAAUAUGCCCCACUUCACCUGGUUCCCUUAAUAGAGAGGCUGGGAACUCCUCAGCAAAUAGCCAUUGCUCGGGAGGGUGACUUGCUGACCAAGGAGCGGCUGUGCUGCGGGCUCUCCAUGUUCGAGGUGAUCCUGACACGCAUUCGCAGCUACCUGCAGGACCCAAUCUGGCGUGGGCCUCCCCCUACCAACGGGGUCAUGCACGUGGAUGAGUGUGUCGAGUUCCACCGGCUCUGGAGUGCCAUGCAGUUUGUGUACUGCAUCCCCGUGGGGACGAACGAGUUCACUGCAGAGCAGUGCUUUGGAGAUGGUUUGAAUUGGGCCGGCUGCUCCGUCAUUGUUCUCCUCGGGCAGCAGCGACGCUUCGACCUCUUUGACUUCUGUUAUCAUCUGCUGAAGGUGCAGAGGCAGGAUGGGAAGGAUGAAAUCAUAAAGAAUGUGCCCCUGAAGAAGAUGGCUGACCGCAUCAGGAAGUAUCAGAUUCUGAACAACGAGAUUUUCGCCAUCCUGAACAAGUACAUGAAGUCGGUGGAAACAGACAGCUCCACGGUUGAGCACGUGCGCUGCUUCCAGCCCCCCAUCCACCAGUCCCUGGCUACCACUUGCUAAGCAUGGAUAUUAAACCCCUUUGGGAUUAGGGAGGAAGAAAGAUUGGAUCAGAACAAGAACUGGGAAGGGGAAACUUGACCAUGUGGCUCUGGCAACAAGAGAGAUUGGGUACACCUGACACACACACAUCUUCCGAUCUGGCCCUGUUUGAGUGUAUGUGCUGUAGCAUCCCUGUGGCUGGCUUUAUCUGUAGCUUUAAGACUGGGUGUGGGAGGGGGCAGGAUGUGCUUUUCUUCCACGCGGUGGGUUGGUUUUUUUGGUUUUGUUUUUCUGUGAUACGACCCGUCGAACCCAAAACUCUGAAGCCAUAUUAGAGUCCUAGGUGUCGAGUUCCAGGCACAAGCUGAUUGUUUCAGAGCGCCAGAAGCCAUCUCCCACUGCGGGUGCAGUGAGGUAUGUGGAACUUCCCCUUGUGAUGCAUGACUGCUGCAGGAGAGUUUGAAGACGCCCCUUGUUUGGUGAGGCAGAAUAGCAGUGCUUCUCACUUGGCAGCCCACAGGGGAAGAAGUAGCCUGACCAGAGAAAGGAAACCAAGUUGAUUCAGAGUUUGAGUCUAGCAUCACUGUCCAUCUAGGAUUGGAGAUUUCCCCGCUCUUUUCACCACAUCUUCUUCCCUUCUAGACUCUCUCUCCGCUGCUUGGUAAGGGGGCUUUGUGAUGCAUGGGUUUCAGACUAGCCGUGAGUGACUGAAUGGCUGUCCUCUGCAUUUCAGAGAGCUGGGAGACAAGAUACCAUCCUGGUGUUUUCCCACUACAGGCCAUAUCCCCACUACUAAUUCAGAAGAGGUGCCCCCUGAAGCUGUAUCUACCAGGGAGUAAACAGUGAAAUCUCCUAAUGAAUGCUGUGUGCUACAUUUACCUGAAAAUUCUACUCGCUAUAUUCCUGGGGUGGGAGGAGGAAUCAGUGAUCCUGGCAGCCCAGCUUACCUCCAGAAUGUACAUGUACUUUGGCUUUUAGCCAAGGAUCAAACAUCCACAUUCGACAAUGAGCUGGAAGCUACAAUUUGUGUCCAUUCUUGAGUGACAGUUUUCUUUGUUUCAAAUGAGUUCCUCCACUACAUAUGCCUACAGGGCAUGGAGAGUGCCAGUCGGGGUGAACGGAAACCCUAUCACACAGAAACAGCAGGAUCCUUUAGAGCAGAGGAAAUGAAAUAAGCAUCAGAAAGGAAAUUAAUACAGUUCCCGGAGGGUUCUACAAAGCAAAUACAGGAUUUUGUUUCCUUCUGAUUCUUUAACAUUGUCCAGGAUCCUGUGAGAUUAAAAGAACCUAGUUGAAACAUCAAGGAACAUUUCAAAACUCAUUGUGUUCCCUUCUUCCCCACAUCAGCUUCUUUGAAGUGAGAUGAAGGGUCUUGUUUGAUGUGGCAAAAGCUAAGGGGCCAGAUCCGGAUCUCAUCUACACAGGGGUAAACCUGGAGUAACCCCUUGGACUUCAGUGAAGUCACUCGAGAUUUACACAGAUAGAGAUGAGACCAGAACCUUCUCUCCGGAAUUAAGAAUUACUGGCCAGGCCACAUGCACCUCUCCUAAUCCACCCUGACCUCACCACUAAGAAAGUUUUAAUUUCUUGAUUUUAUUUAGGUUAAAUCAGACCUUUGCCAUUAUGUAAUACAGCAGUGUUGGUGCACUGUAUCUCAACAUAACCCAGACACUUGGUUCAGCUUAUUUAGGACAAUGCACUGCUCUCACAAAUGCUGGGAAGCCAGAGACAGCGAGCAGUUAUUCUAUCUGAGGGAACAGUAAGUAGAUCAGUUGAAGAGGUGUCCCGUCUGGAACAUUCUGUCUGAGACCAGAAGCCAUCUCAAUAUUGUUGGCUAGAGGUGAAUUUCUGAUGGGAGAUGCCUUUGUUCUCCCAGAGACCUACCUCUGUUUCCCUGGCAACCAGUGAAUAUCCCCCUCAAGCGCUGCUGGGCAUAUUGGCCACCUUGAGUUUCCUGAGGCAGCUGUUUAAGCUACAAAAAGAAAUCUCUGGUGCAUUUUAAUCUGAAACUAACAUGAAGGCUGAGGGAAAUCAUCUCAGAUCAUUGACUCAAAUCAUCUCAAAUCAUCAGGCAGGAAAAGACUUGAGUCUGAGAGGGGGGAUUUUUUUCCAUCCCGUCUGGAGGAAGAACAGCAUGUUCAGGGACACAAACAUUGAAAGGUUCUGCUUUAUAUAUGAUAACUGCUCCUCUACUAAGGAUGAAAGGCCUGGUUCCCUGCUCUGUUACAUCAGCCUGAUGUUACUACACUGAAGUCAGUGGACCUACAUACGUGUAAAAAAUCUGGGUUAGCAGAGUGGGGACAUCAGGUAUGUUAUUUUUUUGUGUGUGAAAUGAGAUGACAGAAAAGAUCCUAAAUGGUAUUUUUUCUUGGGCUAAAGGGGUUCUCAAACUUCAUUGCACCACGACCCCCUUCUGACAACAAAGUCACUGCAUGACCCUGGGAAUGGCACAGAGCCCAAGCCCCUCAACCUCAGGUGGGGGAGAGGGGGCCGAAGCCCGAGGCCUUCCCCCCACCCCGCAGGUGGGGGAAGAGGGGUCGCAGUCCAAGCCUGCAGGCCUCCUAGGUGCGCACGACUGCUGCAGGCCUCGCGUUUUGGGGGGCCCCACAGGCCAGUGCAAUUGGCUCCUGCAGGCGGUCCUGGAAGUCACAAAUUCAUCACUUCCACCCUGGGCUUCGCCUCCCUAGGGGCCCGGAAUUUCUGUCGGUGGGCCUGGUUGUGGCACAAAACACUACAAGGUUAAUAUAUAAGGGUGAAGUGUACCACACGGCCUAGCUCCAGCAGCUAGACACACUUGGCUGUAUGCGAUUAGAGCCUGUCUUCCAGCACUUAGGCUGUGAAUGAGGUGUGGUGUAUUUCACCACGUAUGAACAUCAGCUUGCGAAAUGUAAUGUUCUUUAGCUGUUGUUUUAGGGGAUUAGUUCUUGAGGCCUAUAAAGCACAGUUGGAUGAGCUGAAAUGGAAUGCAUGGACCAAUAUAUGUGUCUGUUGUCCAUGCAUGGGGAAUUUGCUUGAACAAAAUGACCUCCCCACCCUUCUCAGGACCUGUUGGGGGAGGGGGGGAAGAAUAAAAAAUUCUGAGCAGGAAACCAAAGCCGUAUGAUUAAAACCGAGUAUAUUUCAGCUGUAGGGCUUAUGCGGGUGUUUUACGCUGGUGCUCAAGUAGUGUGGGAUGGCAGCAAGGGCUCAGUCAUACAACCUUUAUUCAUGCAACUUGAUUUCAAUACCCUUUUCUACCAAAAGGAUGCAAGUCAGUUGUGUAGAUCUUAGCUCCUGUUCUCAAAUCCUUUUUGACUGCAUAUUUAGUAAAGAUUUCAAGAUAGGGCCAUUGAAUGAACUGGAUAACCUUUUCUGUUUUGCUUGUUCUUUUUAAUCUAAUAAUCUUUAGUCUUUAAGAUGCAAAUUAUUAACAGUGAGGGUAACUAACCACUGGAACAGAUUACCAAAGGAUGUGGUAAAUCCUCCAGCACUUGGGAUAUGUCUACACUGCAGAGUAAGCCCAGGGUUCGAACUCAGAUUCAAGCCUACCGUCUACACACAAAUUGUGCUAACCCAGGGCUUGGAUCCUUGCUCUGGGUACCACCAAAAGUAUCCUACAAUCCCAUGGGCUAACUUUCUAUGUCUUCUGGACAGUCAGGUUUCUCCACUCUGCAUCACUAACAAAAGGCUAGAGCAGCCACGUUUUGGGGAGGGAGGGCACUAGCAAGUCUGGGACAUGGAUUGUUGGACUCAGGUCCAAAUAAUGCAGUGUAGAUGCUGGCGCCUCAGGGUUCAACAAUUCCUACCCGGGGGUGGGAGGGGUGGUGGGGCGGGGGCGGUUUACAGAUGAAUGUAGACUCUCAAGGCCUAAUAAACACAUGGUCUGCUCACUGAAGUUCUACUAACCCUGGGCUUACAUUCCAGGGUAGAUAUGCCCUCAGAGUCUUUAAAUCAAGACUGGAUGUAUGUGUUCCUUAUAUGCACACAGAAGUUGUUGGGUUUGAUACAGCAAUUAGUGGAUAAAAUGUUGUGGCCUGAGUUAUGCAGGAGGUCCAACUAGAUUAUCAUAAUGAUCCCUUCAUGCCUUAAAAAUCUAUGAAAUGCAGUGCACAGCCCCAUUCCUUGAUGAUGAUGUACUUGAUUUUGAGCAGCCCAGUAGAAAGGGGAAAUCAAACCAACUCAAACUCUACUUCAAUGGCAUUCUUUUCUCCAACAACACUUGUUAGGAGCGGUGAACACUCUUGUCCUUUUUCUCCUAUAUUAUUCCAAUUCAGUUGGUUUAUGUGUUUGUGAACCAGAGCAAAACUUUGUUCUUGAACGUUUAAAAAAAAAUGUUUGCAAGAACACUUGUCCAAUGUACCAUAUUUGUACGAAGAGCUACUUGGGGAUUUUUGUACAAUGAAUUUAAAUUUAUUUAUGGUGAAGUAUAUUUCUGCUUGUGAUUGAAUAUGGUGUUAAUUCAUGAAUGCUGUGCAGCCGGAGAUGAUGUUUUGUAUUUUUUGUUGUUGUUCCUGUGUUGGUCAACAGAAGCUUCCAUCUCUAUUAAAAAUGCUUCUGUGACGAUAAAGCACCUGGUACCUGGCAAUAUGUCCCCUGACACAGCAACCACCAAUGUGUACAACAAAUGUGGGAUGCUUUUUGUAAUUGGGAAAAAUAAAAGUGGGGCUCAUUGGAGAAAUGGGCAAAUCCUAAAUUAUGUCAAAUUAUGCCUGCGAAAAUGGCAGGCUGUUAAAUGUUGCUGAAAAUUUUGACUUUUUGUCGAAACCCAAACAUUCUUCAUGUUUCAGGCUCCUCCUUUUCCAACAAUAAGAAAGAUGAAAAAUUUCAAGGGAAAACAGACACUUUCUGCAAAAUAAUUUCAUUGAGUUGCAAACCCAGUUCGCAGUCACACACACAAAGCUUUGAUGGAAGAGCGGACAAGCCCGACUCAACACAGUUUUGAACUAUGGUCCAGAUUCACUGCACUAACACAGCUUGCUGUGUCAAAAGGGGCUUCUGCACUCCACCAGGUUCUCGCUGUCACCUUCUCCCAGGGGUUAGUGCCACUUGGAUGCACCCUUCAUGCUUUGGUUCCCUCUAAGGGCACCGUAGAAGCUGCAAUGCAGAGGAAACACACUUGCGUCAGUGCAUCCUAUCUUUACUGGCCUAAAGUGGUCAGGACUUUGGUUUUAAAUCUCAGGCACCUCUUGAAGCACAAUGCCCGCUUAACACCAGGUGGAGGGACUGCUUCUGUAAUGAUCAGAGAGGAAAGAGUGCCAGAUUUUGGAUCAUUCCCAUUGUAGCCUGCAUCACUUAGAAGUCUCUUCAAGCUCUCCUGUCCCAGGACUGGUUUCAGAGGAACAGCCGUGUUAGUCUGUAUUCGCAAAAAGAAAAGGAGUACUUGUGGCACCUUAGAGACUAACCAAUUUAUUUGAGCAUGAGCUUUCGUGAGCCACAGCUCACUUCAUCAGAUGUGUACCGUGGAAACUGCAGCAGACUUUAUAUACACACAGAGAAUAUGAAACAAUACCUCCUCCCACCCCACUGUCCUGCUGGUAAUAGCUUAUCUAAAGUGAUCAGCAGGUGGGCCAUUUCCAGCACAAAUCCAGGUUUUCUCACCCUCCACCCCCCCACACAAAUUCACUCUCCUGCUGGUGCUAGCCCAUCCAAAGUGACAACUCUUUACAUAAUCAAGUCGGGCUAUUUCCUGCAUAGAUCCAGGUUUUCUCACUUCCCCCCCACCCCCAAACACACACAAACUCACUCUCCUGCUGGUAAUAGCUCAUCUAAACUGACCACUCUCCAAGUUUAAAUUCAAGUUAAACCAGAAUAUCUGGGGGGGGAGGACUGACCCUCCCUGGAACCGGUUACGCUGUACGAAUGUAGCUUGAGUCAGUACAGCUGAAGAGACAAAGGUAAUUUUUAGCACAGGACUGUGGGUGGGGGAAAGGAGGGAAAAUCAAUUUAACUGAAUCAAAUUCACAGAACCUAAAAAGAUACUCCUGCCUUAAGAGCACACUCUGUCUGUGGCAGGGCCACCUUAAAAAGACAGCUUCACAUGAUUGUUUAUGGGAAAGGCCUCUGAAAGUGAAUAGGAACAAAACGUAUAGGCAUCCAUUGAAAUAGAAUGGGAUCCUUUCUUUAUGUUGUUUGUAGUGUUCGCGUGGGUUUGAAAACAAUUGAAUGAAAUUCUACAGCAGGGACAGAAUUCCUUUUUUUCAGUUCUAUAGAACUUUUGCAUAAAGAAUAGCUGGGGAAUGAGUCUGGCUGACAGACAAAAUCAGAUUAAAGGAACUACGUAAAUGCAAAACAUAUUAUCUCAUUACUCUUGUUUCAUUAUUUGGCUCAAAACUGCCCACAUUUGCUCAAAACUAGUGUCCAACAUUUCCACACACCCAGGGUGCCUUUCAUGUUUGUAACAACCUCUCUUCCCCCCAACAAAACCCAACCAUCUGAGUUUCACUUGAUUUCAAGUUUUGGAGUAAGUGUUUUGCAGAUAAGGGAUCUGCAAACAAAAUGACCUUUGGAACAGUGUAUCACUCUGCCUCUGCACUUUGUCCUUACAGAAUCCACUUGAUCUGAUGCCUGGAAGCCUCUAAUGAAUGUCCCUAUAGUUAUCCUCACUAGUCUAGUGGAAUCUCUGUACCUGAGCUGCAAAUUGCCAGGCAUUAAGCCUGUCUCUGGAUCAAGAGCAGAUAACAGUGAGUUUCCCCCUCCCUCAGCACUUGAUGCCCGUGCAUAUCAAUUGCUACUUGUCUUCUCCUGUCAUGGAUACAAAGGCGAACAGGGAGGCCGUAAACAUCGCAUGGCAGCAAGAUGGGACAUGUGACUUGCUUCUUCUUGAGGAAAACCCUGUCUUGGCCUUUUGCCUGCAGGAAUUCACCUACAAUUGCUUCUUGGGGGAAGUGCAAACAUCAGUGAGGGGUGCAAAAGAAAACUCCCCAGAAAAUAUAGCACAUCUUAACACUGCAACCCCCUGGGAAAGCUGCCAGGCUGUCUGGUAUUCUACCGUCAUUAUUGGGCCAGUGCAGAGCCAGGAAUAGAGCCCAGGGGACCCCAGAUGGACAGGCCUCUGCUGUAAAACAGUAUUGCCAAUGUCACACAUUCAAAAAUAUGAGUAAAGCCCUCCAGAAAGGAGAUUUUAAAUAAAUAAAUGUGGAGUUCUGUUAAUUUACUUUUUGAGCCUUUACGAUAUACUUGGGUCACACUUAACCCUUUUUUCCAUAACCACGAAGUCUAGAAACUUUUUUUCUGAUGAAAUAGAUUUUUGUGAAAUAACAUGACCCCAGUCUAAAUAUUAUUCUGUCAUGAGAGUGAGCAACACUGGAACCACUAGCUCAUCCCCAGACAACGGUUAUGUUGAGAACUGCUAAAUAAAAGGCUGUUUUCCUA